AAGCGGGAGGCUAAAUUCGACGAUGCCGUGUCUCGCAUGAGGGAGAAUGGAGCGCAUCCGCGGCAUUUUCCCGGAGCAGGGAGCAUCGACGCUCUUCGCAGGCUGCUACAACGCCGGAAGAGAUAGGCGCCUCAUUAACUUCCAUCUCCUCAUGAGAUUGGGGGCUCCGAAUCGAAACGCUCGAUGAUGGGGAGGUGGGUUAAAAUUGGGCGUGAACUGAUUCCACCCAAGCAGAUCCCCUCAAAAUUCCAUGUGCGGCGACGACCUGAACAUGGCGAGGUUCCAUUAGGGUUUCCACUCGCACUGGUUAGGUGUGAGGAGAUCGCCGCCGUGUGCAUUCUUAGCAACUGGGGUUUAAUUGCUGGCUGCCUACUUGGAACCGACACGUAGACAAGAGACCGUAGCGUUGGCCAUGCAAUUCUAGCUUAGUGAAGCUUUGAAGGCAGCCUUGCUUCCGGUCACUAAAGCCGAGAGCCCGUUUUGUUGAAGCGGAGACUAUGAUCUCGUUUGCUGCUCUCUGCAUCAUGGGUCUCCAUGCGAACUGGUGGGUCGCUGCCCUUGGAAAAGAAACCUAAUCCCCAAUUUCAUUCGUUUUGUUUAAUUAUUUUUUUGUUUUACCCAUGUAAGGUUACGCUUCUAGUCUCGUGCAUCAAAGCCUGAACUGGGUCGCCAACUGGGUCGUUUCGAAUUCGACUAGACCAGGAUACUGUUCGUCGCGCAUGUGGUCCACUUAUUUUCCAGUGGCCGUGCCGACCAAAAGCAAGUUCCGGGUCUAUUCAGCGGCGAGAUAAGGCCGUGCGAGAUUUCCAUGCCCAUCUCACAUGGGCGUUAAAAAACCUCGGCCCCCACAGGAGACGCUCCGCGCAGACCGCGUGAAACAAGAAUUUAACACAAAAGUCGUGGACAGCUAGUGAUGAUGCAGCGGACUGAGUUACGCAUGCCCUGAAUUAGGAGCACUAAGCCAGGGGGAUUACGGAGCCUGCCCGCGCAUGGGACCAUACGAGAGCUUAUUAGACGGAUUACCACAACUAAUCGACGUGAAAUUGACCACUAGACAACAAUUCCACCGCGAUUGUCGUGCGUGGAGGGGUCGCAAAAUGUGCUGAGGCUCUGGCAAAUGUUGGAGUUCCGCUAAGCGAUGUGACGUUCGGCUUCGGCAACUUUUGGGGUGUAAUCCACUGAGUGUGUGACACCGGAUCAAAGUCGGUCAACAACGAUGGCUUGUUCACUUAACUGUCGACCGGCUGCCAGUGUUGGAAGAGCACUGGAAAUCAGGUGAGGGGGAGGAAGACGAACGGCAGAUGAUAGUGAGGGAGUCAUUCUGUGACAGUUGGGCUCCAACGUGGAAUGCACUUCAUUCAAUUCAGACUUGCAUGAAAAAUGCACACUUGGAAUUUGGAUUUUUUCAGUUGGACUUCCGACGAAGCCUUCUUUCGCGGUGAAUGCAACUCUAAAUGCUUUUAAAUUUCAUUCCGUACCUCUGUAUAUCAUCAGAGGCUCGGAAAACAGUUCAAUUGGUGACGGAGUUAGAAGGUGGCGAAGGAUAAUGUCAUGCAAAGCACUAUUCGAACGAAUAUAAUCACACUGGGAAUUGGCAUGUUAUAGAUAGUUGGUGAGAAAAUACCUGUGUCCAAUGAAAUAUCGGGGAGAAAUAUUAUCGAUGACACUCUUAAAACAGAGUCAUGGUUUUGUGAAGUCAAUCCGCGAUGAUAUAUUCGCAAUCUCGAGACAAACCCUCUUGGCUGCACCGUCGGAGGAAAGGGUGAGGGAUUCCCUAAGUACUUGAUGUUUUUGUUGCAAUUUUAGUAACGAUUUUUUUUGGGGUCCGGUUGAUUGGUUCCUAACGGAGGCACCCAAAUUGAGGACAGUAGGGGGCUGGGGUGGGGAUUACAUCAGCGAGAAAGUGAGCAACGAAAGCAAAUGAUCAGCAAUUAUAACCAAAUAGAGUCAGGAGCCAAGUAUCGCGGCGCAGCCAUAAAUGAGACAACCGGCUACCUCUCCCCUGGGCUUGCGAUCCCCACGCCUCCUCUCUCGCCACCUCCCCAGUACUAGUCCAACCACCCACCCUUUCUUUCCAGCCUUGCGGAUACAGGAUAACAUGAUCUAAUUUUAGGCUUCUUCCCAUCAACUAUCAAUUUAGUAUUGCUCAAUCCUCGUUAUUUGUCUUCGGGGCCCUGAUCUGUCCAGCAAUCCUCUCAGACAUCUUCAAGCACGAAUUCGAGCAGAUGAGAUUAUUGGGCAGCAGGAUCAUUGAAGCGCAGGGACAAUACCUGCUGGGGAUUGACGGUGAGCAGAUAUUAGGAACGAAAUGGGGUACCGACUAUAGAGCCGUGAAAAAUAUGAAUUGUAUUGUGUGAUUGGCAGCGUAGAAGAAACGUAUAAAGUCAGAGGCUUCAACACAGGAAGGAUAAACUGGUUUUGACACACAAUUCAGCGCGGUGUCAGAGCAUACGGUGACACUGCAGCAUUGGAUUGUAGAACAAAACUAGAGUAAGAAUGUGAGCUAUGUUUGAGCAACAGAGAUGCUUGAGGUGGAAAACCGUGUAGAUGCACAGGAGAGAAAGGUUGUUUUCUGACUAAGUACCUCUUCCAAUCAAGGUCUUGCAUAGCUUUUUGUCAGAAAUGGCCGCUGUGAUGUCUCGACUGGGGCAGGAGAGGUCUCCGAGUUUCUCCAAAUCUCGGCGCAUGCAGAAGGCACCUCCGGUGAGAAGUCCGAAAUCGGUAUUGUUGCCGGAGUCACCGGACAGUUCUACAGAGUCAAGCUCGCUUACUAGUUCGAUCCAAGGGGAGCAACUCGUGGAAUGCACUGGCUUUAGAAGCCCCAAGAAGAAGGAUAAAAGCAAGGCUACAUCCGAAGCAAGGCUUGAGCAAGUCGAUGAUUACACUUGUUUCAGGUUUGUGUCUAUUGAUCAGCUGAGUGACUUGCUUGUGGAGGUCGAAGAGGUUUCCUUUCAUCUUCACAAGCUCCUGUUCCUGUCAAGGAGCGGUCUUCUGUUCAGGCUUGCCUCACAGUCCUGCGACUCACAAAAAGCUUAUAUCAACUUGGUUGAUGUGCCUGGAGGAGCUGAAGCUUUCAUGCAGGUGGUCAAGUUCUGUUACGGCAUUGUGGAGGAACUCACGCCCACCAAUGUUGCCACUAUACUUUGCGUUGGGGAGUAUCUUGAGAUGGCGGAAGCCUUUGAGGAAGGAAAUGUUGUGAGCAAAGCAGAAGAUUAUCUCAACAUCGUGAUUCUGAAUUCUUGGCAGGAGUCCAUCAUUGUUCUUCAGUCUUGCGAGCUUCUCCUUCCCUGGGCUGCGGACAUGAAUCUUGUGAGGAGGUGCGCCGAGUCAGUUGCGGAGAAGGCAUGUACCGAUCCAAGAGGGGUUCGUUGGCAUUACUCUGGCAUGGAGAUGAGUUCCACAAUUAGCACAGUGUCCACAGUUACACUGGAGAGGUCGGUAGCUAAGGUUGCACCCCAAGAUUGGUGGUACGAGGACCUCUCACAUCUGACGAUUUAUUGUUUCAGUGAAGUAGUAGAGGCUAUCAAGCAGAAGGGCAUGGAUCCGGACCUUUUGGGAGGUGCUUUGGAGUACUAUGCCCAGCGCUGGCUUCCAGGGUUAGUAAAAGCAGAGCAACAAACUCUCUUGUUCAAAGGCACGAGCACUUAUAGUGAUAGUGUUGCAUCUACAAGAAGAAACUCACCGGCCUCUUCGCCCAGGAGAGGUGGAAGCUACUACAACUGCUCAACCAAAAGCAUUGGAGAUGACGGUCAGACGAAAUUGCAUGAAUCCAUAGCUGAGCAGAACGGGAACCGCUUCAUUCUUGAGGAGAUAGUGAGCAUGCUGCCGAUGAAGAAAGAUGCAGUUUCUUGCAGUUUCUUGCUUCGCAUGACACGUGCGGCUUACAUACUGAACUGCGACAUUGAAUGCAAGGCAGAUUUGGAACGAAGAGCUGGUCUUCAACUGGAUCAAGGGAGUUUGAGCGAUCUGCUUGUUCCUUGCUUCUCGCAUACUAGUGAGUAUUUGUACGAUAUCGACAUUGUGCGACGCAUCUUGGACCAUUUUCUCGCAAAUGAGCUGAAUGAUAAAUCUAUCUCUGGGAGCCCGAAGUCCUGUUCGGGUGAAAACAAAUCAACACGGAAUAUUCGUGAUGGGCUUCCUGCGAAAAAGCCACAACCAGCUCUGAAUUCGAGGAUAAAAGUAGCGAAGCUGAUUGACUCUUAUCUUGCAGAAGUAGCAAGGGACAGUAAACUCCCCUUAGCGAAAUUCCAAUUACUCGCUGAAGCCCUUCCCGAGGGUUCAAGAUUGAGUGACGACGGACUGUACAGAGCAGUAGACACAUACCUCAAGAUACAUCCUACCAUGACAGAACACGAGAGGAAGAGGCUAUGUCGCAUCCUCAAUUGCCAUCGCCUUUCACUUGACGCAUGCACGCAUGCCUCCCAGAACGAGCGCCUGCCACUCCGUUUCGUUGUCCAGGUACUCUUCUGCGAGCAACUCAAGAUCCGAAGCACUGUCACGGAAGUCAGCAACUCAGUGAAGGAGGAUCGUGCAAAUGCUGAUAAUGUCAGUGUCGCAUCACGAGAACCCACAGGCGCCGACUCGCAGCCAACUGCCAGCACCAGCGCCGAACUCCAAGAAAACGUCAAUCAAAUGGAAAUCAGAGCUUUACAACGUGAACUCGCAACCAUGAGAGUGAAGUGCAUUGACCUGGAGAGGGACCACAGCACCAUUCAAGAUCGAGUUGAGCAAAUAUCAAGAAUGUCCAGAGGACGCUCCUCCCCAUGGACUUCUGGAGCGUGGAAGAAAAUCAGCAAACUACAAUUAUUUAACCUCAAAGACCAUAAAGACGGAGGUGAUUCCAUUCGAACUGACGAGUCGCGGUCUAGCAAUCCCCGGAGGUGGAGAAACUCCAUAUCCUAGUUGCCAGAAGCCCUAGAAACCUCCAUGGUCAGUCUGUUCCCUCUUUAGUUUUUUUUAGCUUCAUUUUCUUGUUCUUUUCUUUUUUCUUUUUUCUUUUUCUUUCUCUCUAGCUGUCCCCUACAAAAGCCGAUCUCAUAGGUUUGUUCAUAUUGCCACACUCGUGCGUCUAGAGACCGGAUCCAAGAGUCGAAACCAGACGAAGGAAAAUCAAUCACGGGACGAAACCGAUGCCAAAGAAAGCGCAUAGGUUCGACAUGAAACCUGAUAUUUGAUGCCAAUGCACUGAGGGUUGAACUAUUCGUCGAUCCAGAUCUACCCAACUUUAAGUUAUAGCACACACUAGCAAGCGUUUCUCCGUGCACAUCCUCACGGCGAAACGCUUGAAUUGUAUAUACUAUCCUUGAGACCCGUAAAUCCCCUUCCUGGAGCGUUUGCUUCUAUCUACUCUGUCACGCUGACCAAGGCAAUGAAUUGGUGUGUCCUCUCGUCUUCUAUUUCGAAACCAUGCCUGGAGCAAGGCGAAGAUAUCAUCCCGUGUGGAAUACUUUCUCAAUGUGGGGAAUUAUGUCGAACCUUAUUUUCAAUGGAUAAUUGAAUUUCACAUGGUGAAUUAAAA